CCGGCUCUAGUGCAGGUGCCGCUGCGCCGGGCGGGAGGCUACGCGCCGAGCCGAGCGGGGCCGCGGAGGGAUGGGGAGCGGGCCGCCCGGACUGCAAGAGCCGCAGGAGCCGCGGGAGCACCGGCACGGGGCGUAGGCGGCGCGGGGCACUUUGCGAUAGGAUGAGGCUCCUGGCUGGCGCGCGGUAGUACUAUGAUUUGGUAUGUGGCCACUUUGAUAGCAAGUGUGAUCAGCGCCCGAGGUCUUGCGGCUCAAGGUGCCCACGGCCUGAGAGAGGAGCCCGAGUUUGUGACCGCGAGGGCUGGAGAGAGCGUGGUCCUGCGAUGCGACGUGGUCCACCCGGUGACGGGGCAGCCCCCGCCCUAUGUCGUCGAGUGGUUCAAGUUCGGGGUGCCCAUCCCCAUCUUCAUCAAGUUUGGCUACUACCCGCCCCAUGUGGACCCUGAGUAUGCAGGCCGCGCGAGCCUCCACGACAAGGCGUCCCUGCGGCUGGAGCAGGUGCGCGCCGAGGACCAGGGCUGGUACGAGUGCAAGGUGCUCCUGCUGGACCAGCAAUACGACACCUUCCACAACGGCAGCUGGGUGCACCUCACCAUCCACGCUCCUCCCACCUUUACAGAAACCCCCCCCCAGUACAUCGAGGCCAAGGAGGGCAGCAGUGUCACCAUGACCUGCACAGCUUUUGGGAACCCUAAGCCCAUUGUCACCUGGCUGAAGGAGGGGAUGCUGCUAGGCGCCAGUGGCAAGUACCAGGUGAGUGACGGCAGCCUGACCGUGACGUCGGUCAGUCGGGAGGACAGAGGUGCCUACACCUGUCGCGCCUACAGCAUCCAGGGGGAGGCCAUCCACACCACCCACCUGCUCGUCCAAGGGCCUCCCUUCAUCGUCUCCCCUCCCGAGAACAUCACCGUCAACAUAUCCCAGGAUGCUCUGCUCACCUGCCGGGCAGAGGCCUAUCCCGGCAACCUUACCUACACCUGGUACUGGCAGGACGAGAACGUCUACUUCCAGAACGAUCUGAAGCUGAGGGUGCGGAUCCUGAUCGACGGGACCCUGAUUAUCUUCAGGGUGAAGCCCGAGGACGCGGGGAAGUACACCUGCGUCCCCAGCAACAGCCUGGGGCGCUCGCCCUCAGCCUCAGCGUACCUGACUGUGCAGUACCCAGCCCGCGUCCUCAACAUGCCCCCCGUGAUCUACGUGCCUGUGGGAAUUCACGGCUACAUCCGCUGCCCCGUGGACGCAGAGCCACCGGCCACCGUGGUCAAGUGGAACAAGGACGGCCGCCCCCUGCAGGUUGAGAAGCAGAACCUGGGCUGGACCCUGAUGGAGGACGGCUCCAUCCGAAUCGAGGAGGCCACAGAGGAGGCUCUUGGCACUUACACCUGUGUGCCUUACAACACCCUGGGGACCAUGGGCCAGUCCUCCCCCGCGAGGCUCGUCCUGAAGGACCCCCCGUACUUUACGGUGCUACCAGGCUGGGAGUACAGGCAAGAGGCCGGCCGGGAGCUGCUCAUCCCCUGCGCCGCCGCUGGGGACCCCUUCCCUGUCAUCACGUGGAGGAAGGUAGGGAAGCCCAGCAGAAGCAAGCACAGUGCCCUGCCCAGCGGGAGCCUGCAGUUCCGCGCGCUGAGCAAGGCAGACCACGGGGAGUGGGAGUGCACCGCCACCAAUGUGGUCGCCAGCGUCACUGCCAGCACCCACCUGACCGUCAUCGGCACCAGCCCCCAUGCCCCGGGCAGUGUCCGGGUCCAGGUCUCCAUGACAACUGCCAACGUGUCCUGGGAGCCAGGCUACGAUGGAGGAUUUGAGCAGACAUUCUCUGUUUGGUACGGACCUCUGACGAAGCGGGCACAGUUUGGGCCCCACGACUGGCUGUCCCUGCCUGUGCCUCCGGGACCCAGCUGGCUGCUGGUGGAUGCCCUGGAGCCCGAGACAGCAUACCAGUUCAGCGUCCUGGCCCAGAACAGGCUGGGCGCCAGCGCCUUCAGUGAGGUGGUCACUGUGAACACUUUAGCAUUCCCUGUCACAACUCCAGAACCCCUGGUGCUGGUUACCCCACCGAGGUGCCUCACAGCUAACCGGACCCAGCAGGGUGUGCUCCUGUCCUGGCUCCCACCUGCCAACCACAGCUUCCCCAUCGACCGCUACGUCUUGGAGUUCCGCGUCGGAGAGCGCUGGGAGACGCUGGAUGACGCCAUACCUGGCACCGACGGGGACUUCUUCGCCAGGGACCUGUCCCAGGACAUGUGGUACGAGUUCCGGGUCCUGGCUGUCAUGCAGGAUCUGAUCAGCGAGCCCAGCAACAUCGCCGGCGUCUCCAGCACAGACAUCUUCCCGCAGCCGGACCUGACCGACGACGGCCUGGCUCGGCCGGUACUGGCUGGAAUCGUGGCCACCAUAUGCUUUCUGGCUGCGGCCAUCCUGUUCAGCACCCUGGCCGCCUGCUUUGUCAACAGGCAGCGCAAGCGGAAGCUCAAGCGCAAGAAAGACCCUCCACUCUCCAUCACGCACUGCAGGAAGAGCCUGGAGUCUCCCUUGUCCUCCGGCAAGGUCAGCCCCGAGAGCAUCCGCACACUCCGCGCCCCGUCCGAGUCCUCCGACGACCAGGGCCAGCCGGCAGCCAAGAGGAUGCUGAGCCCCGUGCGGGAGAAGGAGCUGUCCUUGUACAAGAAGACCAAGAGGGCCAUCAGCAGCAAGAAGUACAGCGUGGCCAAGGCGGAGGCCGAGGCGGAGGCCACCACGCCCAUCGAGCUCAUCAGCAGGGGCCCCGACGGCCGCUUUGUGAUGGACCCCUCCGAGGUGGAGCCCUCUGCGAAGGCUCGGCGCAUCGAGGGCUUCCCCUUUGCGGAGGAGACCGACAUGUACCCUGAGUUCCGCCAGUCGGACGAGGAGAACGAAGACCCGCUAGUGCCCGCGUCUGUGGCCGCCCUCAAGUCCCAGCUGACCCCUCUGUCAUCCAGCCAGGAGUCCUACCUGCCACCACCAGCAUACAGCCCUCGGUUCCAGCCCCGCAGCCUGGAGGGCCCCGGCGGCCUGGAGGGCCGGCUCCAGGCCACUGGCCAAGCCAGGCCGCCCGCCCCCCGGCCCUUCCAGCACGGCCAGUAUUACGGGUACCUCAGCAGCAGUAGCCCUGGGGAGGUGGAGCCGCCGCCCUUCUACAUGCCGGAGGUGGGCAGCCCCCUGAGCUCUGUCAUGUCCUCGCCACCUCUGCACGCCGAGGGGCCUUUCGGCCACCCCGCCAUCCCCGAGGAGAACGGAGAGAACGCUUCCAACAGCACGCUGCCCUUGACUCAGACGCCCACUGGCGGGCGCUCCCCAGAGCCCUGGGGCCGGCCGGAGUUCCCCUUUGGGGGACUGGAGACCCCGGCCGUGGUGUUCCCCCACCAGCUGCACCCGUGUGAUGUGGCCGAGAGUCUGCAGCCUGCGGCCGGCCUCCCCCGAGGACUGCCGCCCUCCUCCCUGCAGGUGCCCGCAGCCUACCCGGGCAUCCUGUCUUUGGAGGCACCCAAGGGCUGGGCUGGCAAGGCGCCGGGCAGAGGCCCUGCCCCAGUGCCCCCCGCCGCCGCCAAGUGGCAGGACAGGCCUGUGCAACCUCUGGUGAGCCAAGGGCAGCUGAGACACACCAGCCAAGGCAUGGGCAUACCCGUGUUGCCUUACCCCGAGCCGGCCGAGCCGGGGGCGCACGGCGGCCCCAGCGCGCUGGGCCUGGACACCCCGUGGUACGAGCCUCAGCCCCGGCCCCGGCCCAGCCCCCGGCAGGCCAGGCGCGCCGAGCCCAGUUUACAUCAAGUGGUGCUACAGCCCUCCCGGCUCUCGCCUCUGACCCAGAGCCCCCUCGGCUCGCGCACCAGCUCUCCCGAGCUUGCCGCGCGGGCCCGGCCGCGCCCCAGCCUCCUGCAGCCCGCCGAGGCGUCGGAGACCACCCUGCAGCCGCCGGCGGCCGUCAGCUUCUCGCACAAGCCCACGCCGUCCACAGGCUCCCCGUCCCAGAGCAGCCGCAGCGACAGCCCCGGCUACCGGCCCACCGUGGGCUUCACCACUCUGGCCACGGGCUACCCCUCCCCUCCGCCGGGCCCUGCGGGGCCUGCGGACCGCUUGGGUGUGUUUGGACAGACGCCUUCCCCUCGGAGGGUGGGGGAGGAGCUGCUCAGACCGGAGCCCCCGCCGCCACCGUUACCUACUGCAGGGACACAGCCACCUGCUCCUGGGAAUGCUGCUGUACCUGAGAGGCUGGAGGCUCUGAAAUACCAACGGAUAAAGAAGCCCAAAAAGUCAUCCAAGGGCUCCUCGAAGUCAAAGAGACGAUCCGAUGGUUCUGCCUCCCAGGCUCAGAACCUUCCAAACUCUCAGGUCCUGUGGCCCGACGAAGCUGUCUGCCUCCGGAGGAAGAAGAGACAUUCCCGGCCCGACCCCUUUGCCCGACUCUCAGACUUGUGCCACCGCCAGCUUCCAGAAGACCAGACGGCAAUUCUCAGCAGCGUGGAGCAUGAUGACCCCGGCCACGCCACUUUGCUGUGAUGCCGCAACUUAAGCGUCCCCUGGGCGAGGGUGCGAGGGUGGGCACGGGCGAUGGGUGUGCGGGGCUUCGUCCUCUCCUGCCAGCGGAGGGGUGGCCUGGCCGUUAGUUUCCGGGGCUGCUCAGACCCUGGAUCUGCUUGUUCUCUCUCGGGCCUGAGCGGGUGUCUCCUCCGCAUCCUGGCCUGCUGGCCUCGUGUCCAGGAGAGAGGGCUGAGGGCAGACUGGCCGCGUGGCUGUGUGUAGAGCUCGGGAAGUGAACUGGGGACGGGGAGAGAUAUGCCUCCUCCCCCGCCUUCCCCUCUUCACUGGAUGGAUUUUUCCCACCUCCUCAAAUAUCUCUGGAGUGCAAAAGACGAAGCAAUGGCUCUCACUGCUGUCUGCUUCUGUUCAGUUUCUCAAUUCCUGAAAGAGGGCUGGACUUCCUGCCAUCUUCCAGACUCUACAUAUAUAUAGAUAUAGAUGCAAAUGCGUAUGUGUGUAGUUUGUGGGUUUCUUUAUGUAUAUAUAUGUACGUGGAAGCAAAUGCUGUUUACUUCUGUGGUCAGUGGAAGGAGGAGGGAGAGGGCAGCUGGCCUGUGGGCUUUGUGAGAGGGGCUGGCGGGGGCCCUGGUGUCUGUAUCUCGGGAAUGAGUCCUUCUGAGAUGGGUUUCAUGCCUUCUCAGCUGAAUUCCCAAUUUGUCUUGACCUUCUCCCAUUCAGAGUGGAAGGAGGGGCUUGCCAUGGUUCCUGCUGCCUGCUUGGGGGGUUCAGCAGUGAGUUACCACAGAACUAAACACAGCCUUUAUUUCUUGGUUCUGGGUGAAGAAGGGUGGCUGGUGAACGGCCAGACAGGCAUCUCUCUUCGUUUCAUGGUUUGGCUCAGAAGUAGAAGCUGCUUAGCAGCGGGGCCGGGAGGUGGCCCUGUGCUGAGACUCAAACUCAUCGUCAGCCCCUUGGUCCAGCCAGGCUGGGCGCCCCGUGGCCGAGGGCCUCCCACUCGGGAGCCAUCUGUGCCGAGCGCCAGGCGCCGCGGCUCUAUUUAUAUCCCAGCCUGGCUCCGCACCCUCCAGAGCGCCGUUCCAAAGCCCUGAUUGGAUUCCUCCUUUCCUUUUGUGGGAGCUAAUUCCCCAGAUUGAUUAAUUGCCACGUGCAGGGAGCCCGCCUGCACUCCUCUGCAUGCUCCCCACGUGCACCCCGCCGCAGACCUGGGCUCCCACAGGAUGGGAUCAGAUAAAGCUGGGGGCCUCAGAUUCCGGGUUCCGGGGGGUGCUCAGGCCCCCUAUUCCCCCAGGUCUGUUUAUAUAGAACUGGCUGAGGCCCGGGAGUCAAGCUGGACGGGGUGGGAGGCAGGAGCCAGGCUACAUCCUUUCCCUGCCGAAUUCUUGUCCUAACUCAGACUCUUAGCACCCAGAAGCUUCUGCGAGGUCAUCUUACAGCGACUACAGAUGUCUCUCUCUCUUCUAGUAAGGUAACGACGCUGCCCUCGACAGGGCAGAAGGCCUGAGUGUGGAGGGGGUGCGUCUGGCCUCUUGCUCCUCCUCUCGUGUGGAAGCCUGCUCUUCUGGCCACCCGAGAAUCGAGGGAGCUGCCGGGUUCCGCCAGGUACUUCCUUCUUGGUGCUGCUGUCUUGGUGGGUUUGGGCACAUCCCUUGUCCCCAGAUACCUGCUUGGAUGUUGGCCCAGUCAAAGCACUGGAGACUUCUGUGGCUCUCAGCCCGGUGACCCAGGCGAGGUGGCCCGAGAGUGGGCGGCUGCACAUCCCUGGGAGCUUCCAUCCUACGGGUGAAUCUGCUGCCACGCAGACCCGCCCCGUGCUUCCUUCUCUUGCCCAGCAAGUGGGGACCAAUGCCACCCUUGAGGCUCUGCCUCAGAAGUCACAAAAACCACAGUUUCUUUCCAAACGCGACACAUCGUGGAGAAAGAAGUGACAGGGGCAGCAUCUGUGGCCUCGCCGUGUCCACUGCCCAGCCCCUGGGUGGAACCUGCGCCUUCUGGCCAAUGCACUUCACUGGGCACCAAGUCCAAGUCCAAGCCACCCUCGGGGCGGCAGCUCCAGCGAAGCAGCGACUCUGCUUCUUUCCUGAGGCAGCACUACCUCUGCCACCGUGCCCGACGGGGGAGGCAUGGGCACCUCCUCUGGGCCCUGGGGUCGGUUGUGGCCUUUGUCUGCACUCUCAUGGUGGCUGUUUCUCGAGCAGAGCAGAUCCUGCUGGACUGUGUGUGGGACAUCAGGGCUGUGUGUGUAUUCAGGGUGAACUAGGCCACCCUUUCUGAGCCUCGUGCUGGGACUGUAGGCCCCAAGGUUACCACAGAAGAGGAGAUGGGGGAAGGCUCUGCUGCUUUACAGUGGUAUACAGGGCCCCGCCCGUGAGCCGUCCCCAGUGGUGACAAAGGUGCUGACUCCUCCCUU